CUCUGCGCUAUAAUAUUCUGCGUUACAUUUCAUAAGAAAAUGAAUUUUCGUUUUUAAAUUACGCUAUUUAUAAGAUUAUGUCAUGUAUAGGUCUAUAUAUCAUUUGACAAGCAAAGAUAAGGGGGUUCUCCCCAUCCAUGCUGGGGAUAUAUUUGAAUUUAUUGAACAACAUGAUGAGAACUGGUGGCGGAUGCGCGCACGAGAUAGUUCAGUCGGACUCGUUCCUGCCUGUUACCUGGAACCUGUCGAUAAUGAAACGGUGAGGGAAAUAGUCAGAGUUCAUUUAAGAAGUCGCAUGAAUUUAAAGGGUGCUUAUUAAGUAUCGUAGCUUGUUGAAUUUUCCGGCCUCUUUGCAGAAUUGAUUUACCGGCGAAAUGUCGAUGGGCUGCAGAGCUAAUUUUUGUCUAGGCGAAGUAAAUAUUUUUCUCGUACUUUACAAUACUCUCCUACCACAUAAGUUGUUAAUGAAAGCCCUGCAAUCAGUAAAGUACGCUAACCCACAGUGUCUAUGUUUGACUUGGCAUCCAAAGAGGGCAUUGCCCCGCAAAUUUGCAUUGGUCAUGAGAGAAGUCCUGGAAAACACUGUUAUCAGUGAUUGAUGUUAUUUUUAGACAACCAAAGCGUUGAUGACAACAGUGGCUUGCACACAGGUUUAUGAAAGGCCAGUUAUCUCAAUGGGAUACAGUUCUUUUCAGGACUUCUCACAACUGGACAAUCAGACCAAGGUCAUAGCAAAGAAAGGGGCUUAAUAUUUUUUCUAAGUGGAGUGAAACUAGAAUAGGCACAUAGUUUGAACUUUAAACUUUUAUAGAAAGGCCUAGUUAUGUGAGAUUUGGAGUUUUAAAUUUUCAAUGCUUGAAAUACUGUUUAAAGUACACAUGAUACAUGAAUCUCUCUUAAAUUCAUGCAUGAAACAAGAUCAGGAUCCCUAUUUGGUACCCUCUAAAUAUGCUGGGGGAAAGCUGUAGAGAGUAAGGGGCUCCAGAGAGGAAAUUCUGUUGGUUGUGUCAUUACCUCUAUAAUCAAAAUCAUCUUGAUAUGGCCUUGAAGACUACACAAUUAGCACACUUACUUUGUCUGCUGUCUUAAGGCUGACCCAGGUGAAAGACAAGCAGUGUUAGAGUCAGUAGACAGAGCCAUAGAAGCCAUCCAUGCACAAGUGGCAGCUUCUGGUGGUUUUUAUACUCAUGAGCAAAGAGCUAAUUUAAGGUGAGAAUUGAUAAUACUUUUAGGGAUUUUGAGAUGUUAUGGGUGACUCAGUAAUACAAUAGUUGAUGUACUGGCCUCUUUGUGGAGAGGUCCACAUUUGAGAUCUGUUGGGUUGUUGCAUUAUGUUCUUGGCCAAGAGGCCCAGUUGUUGGAAGGCUGAUUAGUGUUAACCCAGGGUUGAAUUUUAAUCCAGGUUUCUCUAUUUCUCUGUUCAAGAGCUUAUUUGAGUUGAUUUUCCCUAUUUUUUGUAGAGUAUCCAGUAAUCAUAUCAUGGACAAAAAAAUCAAUGAAACUGAAUUUUCAGUCUAAAGCUUUCCAAUCUAAUAAAAGCAUUUGUCAAGAAAAUGCCAUCAGGCUUUUACAUGUGUGCAUGUAGUUUUCAUACCAUGCAAAAGUUGUGAUGAUUUUUAAAUACUGUUUUUUCCUAGGAUGGCUAGGAAUUAUGCAGAAUUUUAAAAUGCACAUGUUUAUUCUUCUGAUUAAAAUUUUUUUUUUCACCACAUUCUCAUUGCUGUCACUGUUUUCGUUUUCUUAAAUACCUAAGUAAUAUGACUGAGCUCAGGUUAUUCUUACAGUACCUCUGUCCACCAAGUUGUUAACCCUGUAACUCCCAGAUCGAAUUCAUAAUUCUCCUUACUGUCAACCAUACAAUUCUUAUAAUGUUAGUUCCUAGAAUUUAAUAUUGGAUCAACUAACUAUCCCCAAAUUGAUAUUUUUCUUUAUUCUCAUUACUUAUCUGGUUGAUAUUGAAUUGAUGUUGUGAGGAGAAAUUCUGUCUUGGUCACUCAUGGGAGUCAAAGGGUUAAGGAAUUAUAACCCUCCCAUCAAAUGUCCUGCAAUUUUAUCAACUAAUUUAUGUCACAUAGUGCAAAAUCACAGGAUGCUUCAAUACUUGUCCCCUGUUUAUUUCCAUCAAAAAGAAAAAAGCCUGUAAGAAAAAUAAGCUCAAGACUUUCACUUUUUGUCUUUGAUAUUUUAGGUGAAAGAAAAACAAGCUUAUUUAAAUCUGUAGAGCCCAGCAAUUGGGAUAUUGAUCAGAUGGGUGUUUUAGAAAGUACAAAAAUUCAGCAAAAUAAUUUGUGCAACAUGAAUAAGUAAUGGUGGGUUAUGAAAUGAAUAAACCCCUUUCUGGAUUGCUGAAUUGCAUUUCCUGAUAAUGACCAUGGCUGAGAAACUGUCCCCAGAAUUUCACAUUUGCUUUUGAAGGCUAAAUAUUCAUUUUCCCAACAAUCUCUCAGUGGCAGACACUAUCAACUGACAUACUAACCACCUGAAGGGGUUUAUUUACUAAAUAAAAUGAAUCUUAUAGGUACAUUGGCUGCACGAGAUUUUGUGGGAAAAAAGUAUAAACUAAUUGAAACAAUUGUACUCCUUUUAAGAAAAUUACUUGAGCACCGAAAUCGAAUUAAUUCAAGAGACAAGGCUGAUCUACCAGCACAGCCACGACGCCCUGCUCCAGCACCUCCAUCUGGCAAGGAUAAGAAUAAAAAGAAGAAGGAAACAACAAAGAGAAGGCCAGCUCCUGCAGCUCCAACCACUUCUGCUUCAACAUGGGAUACUGCAGUGAAAGGUUUGGAGGUCUAUAAUCAAAAUAUGACUUCUGUCUGUUUGUUAUACAUUUUUGCACAAUAACCUAGGAGACUUUACCAGCUCAUCAACUUAGUAAAAACACUUAUCACUUACACCCUGAGAUCACUAUUCAUAUUCUCCUUAGUGUCCUCUAUACAUUUGCUACAUGUUGUUUAACAAUCAAGAGUUUCUUUAGUUAGUAAUCAUUUCUGUUAUUCUUGUGGCUGCAAUGUUUGUUGUAAGGAGAGUUUCAAUGUUAGUGACCUUUAGGGGUCAAAAGGUGAAUGGGAGUAUUCCUAUUGCACGUUGGAGAUAACGAAUAUGUUAUGCACAUGCUUGUGAUUAAAAAUUUACUUAGAUUUUGUGUUCAAAUUAUUUUGUGUGUCAUGUUUGUUUAGACCAAGUGCCUGCAAAAGCAAGGGAAUCUGCUCCACCUCCAGCUAUCCCUGAAAGACCUGAUCUUGAGUCUGUCACGAUACGACCUGGAAUUGCUGCAGAGCUGUUAGAGCUUCUUAGGAUGAAGUAAGAAAAUAAAUGAAGGUUUAACUUCUGUUUCAAGGGUCAAUAACACAAAACUGAUCAAUCCAAUUAGAGAAAACAAGAAGUAAAUAGUUUCUGAAGUCUUUGUUAUCUCUGCUUGCUUGAGUCCUAAGCAGUGGUUGAUACCAUUGGGUGUGGUUGGUAAGAUUGCUGCUUUCCCAUGGUGUGAUUAGUCGAUUAAAAUGUUUAAUGGGAUUGAAUUUAUCUAAUCACUGUUUGCAGCACUGGGUUGAGUUAUGACAAGUCUUCUGUGGCUGUCCAUACAGUCUUAUCACACAUUCAUUACUCUGUACCAUCAACUUCCAAUGUUAUGGCACAACUGAUUCAAGAUCUUGAACAUCAGAAGGUCAGUAAAAUGAAACUUUGUGGCCCAGGCUGGUUACAAAGUUAUGCUUAGUUGAGACACUAAAUGGUACUUAUGUGAAGAAGCACCAUAAUGGCAUUAUUCACUGCGAUGUGAACUUGAAUUCCAAGGCUGAUCCUAGAAAUGUGUGGAUGACAGUGAAAGAAACUGUGGUGUUUCAUCGGUAGUAGAGUAUAACAGGGUAAUUUAGUAUGAUCAACUGAGUUGAUAAUGUCAAUUAGCCGCUGUAAAGAGUAUCAAAGCUGACGUUUUGAGCUCUGACAAAGGCCCAAUGCUUGAAAUGUCAGCUUUGAAACUCUUUACAGUGGACAAUUUAUGUUAUCAACUCAGUUGAUAAUACUUAAUUAUCCUAAUAGAUAUUUGAGCCUAUGCAGCAAGAUUAGUUUAGAAACAUAUAGUGAGCCCAUCCCUUGUUUCUUUAGGAAAGCAGAGUUUACUCCUUAUUUGCAGGCUGUGCUGCAUUUUCCUCAGAAUACAAUAAACAAAAACCUUGUCUGAAUUGCUCCUGCAUUUUGGGAUAUAUGGUCUCUUGUAAAGACUUAAUGAUUUUGACUUUUAAAAUUAAGUGACCUUUUAAAACUAUCUCUUGUUAUUUGUCCAUUUUACCCCUUAACUCCCAUGAUUUAAGGGGUGAAAUGGAAAAAUUAAAUUAUUUCCUCUCACCUUAUUGGCUUGACCACCUAAUAUCUUAUUUAUUUACCCUUUUAUGCUUAACAGUUAACACCAAUGAGACCCUCUAAUUUGUGUUCAUGAAAUUCCUUAUAUUUAACUAAAGGAAGACUUAUAAAAUAACAGCAUCUGCUUGAACUAAAUUAUAAAUCCUUUUGCCCUAUUGGCUUGACCAGGAGUCUCGCACUGAAGAUGAGGAGGCUCUUCUUCAGUCCAAUGAUGGCCAGCAACUUAUCGCAAUUCUUGAUGAGCUGACAGAACACAAGGAAGACUCGCAGCAAAGAAGCUGGGCUGUUCAUGAUGAUGAAGGGAUACUUCAUAAACUGCUGGAAAAUCUUCACAGUAUUCUGGUUGGUCAAGUUUCAUUGUGUGACAUAAAGUGUUAUAAAUCCUUCAACUCUUGAACCUUUAAACCUUUAAUUCCCAGAAGUGAUUAACACGAAACUUCUCCCUAUAAUAUCUAUACAUUAUUCAGCAAACAGGUAUUGAGAAUAUUCAAUCUUAACAGGUAGAAGCUGCUAUCUUGAUCUAGCACUAAGUUCUCAUAACUAAUUUACAAGGAAAUGUGUAGCAGCUACAGGGGAGAAUUAACAAUCAGAUCUUGGGAGUUAUAGGGUUAACAUUGACUAGCAUCUUAUUUUUCCUCACAAUAUCACCCCUGAAUCAUUACUUAAUAACACAGCUAGUGUUUGAAGCAUUUUUUGUUAAAUUAAAAACCCAAAGAAUAUCUGAAACAAUCUGAAAGACUGCUCAAAAUGGUUCCAGCUCUUUGAUGAAUGGUGUCUCCCACACUUUUUUGUUUCUAUCCAGGACUAAAAAAAAAUUUCUCAGAUGAUGUGAUCUCUUAUCAACAUGUAAGGUUACCACAACAACACUACAGCUAUGUGCCAUUUAAAAUAACUAAAAAAUGAGUUUGGUAGCCCCUUUGUUUAACCCAUUAAAUCCCAAGAGUGGCUGCCACCAAAUUUCUCCUUACAGCAUCAUCCCUGAAUUAAAUAUUAAGUUCAUGAGAAUAAAGGAAAUGAUCACCAUCUAAAGAAGCUCUUGAUUGUUAGACAAAUUCUCCCAGUCAGCACAUUAGGAAAUGUUUAGAGAACAGUAUGGAGAAUAUGCAUACUGAUGUUAAGGUGUAGAGGGUUAAUUUUUGAAAUGAUUAUAAUUAUUAACAGCAUACAAGAUUUAUUUGUCUAAAAAUAUGUACAUGCCAUUCAGAGCUCUCUUAACUGGUUGACAUUUUCAUGCCCCAUUUACAUGGAUAGAAUAGUUUGAUAAUUAUGAAGUAACAUUACAGGUGUAUUCACUUCCUACAGUAGGUACAAUUGACAUAGAUUUGACACCAUGUUUUUCAUCAGCUGGUGCUCAGUUAGGUUAGUUUAAACUCACUUGACUAAACGUCAGCUCAUGAAAUCAUGCGUAAAAUGCCAAGGAGAAUUUUGAAAAAAAAUCAAAAACAAACAUGAGAACACAGAAUUAUCACUUAACUUCACUUUUCCCAAACAGGACCUGAAAGAAAUAAAAAAGUCUUGUGAAUCUGUAUUUUUUUGUAGCUUGAUGCUGAUCCAGCUGUGUGUCGAACUGUUUUCAAGCUUGAUGAUUAUGACUAUGUCAACAUGCUUGUUGUUUACUUUCAAAUGGUAAGUAUAUAUUGCUGCAAUGUGAAGCACAUUAUACAGUCUUCAAUAGUUAGAAAGCCCUCAACUGCCCAAGUAGACUACAAGCAGUACCUCUUUUUCAGUAUAGUCCAUUGUGAAUAUGAUAGAGAUCUUUGCAGUAAUGAACACCACUUUGACAGUUCAAAUAUAUUACUUUCAUAUACUCACAGUCAUUUAUUCGCCACUUCAUGGGUUUAUUUGGAACCAGUUUGACCAGCUCCCAAUUGGCUUGUUAGCUUGGGUGGUAGAGCACUGCACUGGUAUCGCAGAGGACGUAGGUUCAAAUCCCAUACAGGCCUGAAUUUUUUUCAGGCCUUAUUUUCACUACUGCUCGAGUAGUGUUCAUUACUGGGAGGAUUACUUUCAUAUUCACAUCUUUAUCCACAGUUCAAAUAUAUGACUUUCAUGUAUUCACAGUUGUUUAUCGUCCAUUGUGUUAGGGAAAAAAAGUCAGUGAAAAAAGUUGAUUUCAAGAUUUGGUAGAGCUAGAAUAGAAGCAAUCACCUCACUCACUUUUUUUUUUUACUUAUGCACUGGACUUUUCCCAAAAGGAGGGAUUGCAAAUAGUCUACUGUCAAAGCCAGGUUUUUCAUUUUUUGUUUUUGGGUUUGAGACCUGUUUGGCUCAUUAGGUUGUGUUCUUUGGUAAGACACUUUACUCUUACAAGGUAUCUCUUCUCCCAGGAGUAGGAAUGGGUGCCAGUGAACUGUUAUGGUAGCCUGAAAAAAGGCUGGGAGGUGCUUUAGCACACUAUAGAGUCCUCUUCACCUUAGUCAUAGAACAGAGGUUGGAAUCUAAAGAUCUGAGGUUGGAUACCUCAUGGAGAUUUUUUUCAUGCUUAUGACAAAGACAGAAUGUCUCCUUCUGAUAAUGAUACAAUAUUAAGCAAUCUAGUAAUGUUUCAUGUUAUUACAAGACAAAAAAAAUAUCUUUCUUAAUUGAUUAUUGUUGACCUAGAGAUUAGUAAUUAACUAUUGCCCUGGGGGUGGGGUUGGGGGAUUUUGGUUGUGUCAAAAUAAAAUUUACCUUAUUCCCCCUCCCCCUAGGCUCUUUAGUAUUCUAAUGCUCCCUUCUCAUUGGCAGUCAAUUUUCUAUGGCAGUCCCCCCCCCACCCACUCCUUAUCAACUCUGUUAGCGACAAUUGGUUCCCCCUCCCCUACCUCUGAAAAUCAUGUAAUUCCCUUUAAAUCCUCGGACAAUCCCUUUUCCCCUCAAGUGUAAAAUAAUGACCAGUACCUGCUCACCAAAUUCUUGGCACCAGCAUUAUAGGAAAUGUACAUCUGAUAUUUAGGAGAAUUGAUUAUUAGAUUUUGAGUUUAAAGAGGUUGAAUGUAACGUGUACUUAAAAGUUCAAAGCUCAUUUGUUCUCUUUUACUUCAAGGAAGAGAGACAAUCACUGCGCCAACUUUUAGUUGAAAUUUUUGGUUGUUUGUGUGGCUUGAAGAAGGAAAUUCUCUCCCAGCUCCUGUGUUCUGUCUUGCCUUCAGAACUGGCAAUGGAGAUUAUGAAGAGGAGAGAAGGUAAAAAAAAUUCAGGGCAUCACAACUUUGAUUGAUAUCCCAAGAAAGUUCAUAAUGUAGUGCCUGCACUUUUAAACUUUUUGACCCUGAGAGUGGCUUGCAUCUAAUUUCUCUUUACAAUACCACCCCCAAAUCAAACAGUAAGGUCAUGAGAAUAAAGGAAAUGAUCACAUACUAGAGAAGCCCUUGAUUGUUUUAAGAAAUUCUUCUUGUCAACACCUUAGGAAAUGCAGAAAGAACAGUAUGGAGAAUGUGCAUACUGAUGUUAGGGUGGAAAGGGUUAAGACUCCACCCAAAAAUAUUUUUACCCAGAGAAUGUUUGAUGUACAGAGCAAAUUAAAAAAAUUAAAAAAAAAAGAGGAUGGACACGCAUUUGCAGAAAGAUAAGUAUUGAUGCAUUUGCAGAUUGAAAGACCUUUAGACAUUGGUAUACUGACAGAUUAACGCAGGCAGACAGACGGGCACAUAUAUAAUUUUGGUUUUAUCAAAUGAGUUGAUAAUGUUAAUUGGCCACAGUAAAUAAUUUUAAAGCUUCCCCACUGACUUUCUAUCUGUUUGUGUAUCUGUCUGUCUGUCUCUCUGCCUGUCUGUCUGUCUGAAUAAAGGGGUAAGUUUCUAAAGAAACUGUGGUGCUGCGUCGGUGGGAGAGUAUAGCAGGUAAUUUCGUGUCAUCGACUGAGUUGAAAACGUAAAUUAGCCACCGUAAAGGGUAAAAAAGCUGACGUUUCGAGCGUUAGCCCUUCGUCAGAGCGAUCACGACGAUCGCUCUGACGAAGGGCUAACGCUCGAAACGUCAACUUUUUUGCCCUUUACGGUGGCUAAUUUACGUUUUCAACUCAGUUGUUAACACUAAAUUACCUGUCUUUUCUGUCUGUACGCCUGUCUCUCUGCCUGUUUGUCUGUCUGUAUGUCUGCCUGCCUGUCUGUCUGUCUGCCUGUUUUUCUGUCUGCUUGCCUGCCUGCUGUCCGUCUGACUGACUUUCUGAUCGUCUUUUUGGCUAUCUGCUUACUAUAUAUGUGCAUAUCUAUGUAUGUGCCUAAAGGGGGUAAGUUUCUAAAGAAACUGUGAUUCUGUGAUAGUGGGGGAGUAUAACAAGAUAAUUUUGUUUUAUUAACUGAGUUGAUAAUGUAAAUUAUCAUUGUAAAGCGUUUGAAAGUUGACGUUUCGAGCGUUAGCCCUUCGUUCGAGCAAAAGACUAAUAGACCCCCCAUUAGGCAUGCGCAAGGGAAAGACCAAUAGACGGACCAACUGACCGACUUACCAUAAGGCAGGGAAGUAGUCAAACAAAAUAUCAAACACGCGGUUCUAAUACUUUGUUUCAUGAUAUUUGAGUGGUGAGAGGAGAUAAAUCAAAGAAUGUAGAAUCUAGAGUUAGACAUGCCAUCAACAAGCGCGCCUCACCGGUUUGCUUAAAAGAAGUCGGUAACCAACUCAUUUUUGAUGUUGAUCUUGCAGGUGCUUCAAUGCAGCGUCACUGUGCAAUAUUAAUGACAAUGAUUUUUUCAACUGGAGAAUCUGUUCCAUAUACCGUUUAUGGUGAGUCCUGUCCUCGCUUCCUUUGUUUCAUUGGUCGUGUAGUCAGAUCAUACUGCUGAAUGUAACACAGCGGUCAAACGUCAGGCAUGCGCGAAGGGGUCAGCUUUGGUCGGCCGAUUCGGCACGCCAAUUUUCCACGCAAAAUUUUAAAGGGAACAUAAGGUAUAACCGCUGUUACGAAAAUAUGCAAAACAAUUAGGAAACUUCAUAGAUAUUUGUAAAGGACAGAAAAGCAGUUAAAUGAUAAACUCGAGCAUUUUCGGAAAUAAACUAAAUUCAAUUGCAGGUGUCCUGUUAAUUUACCAUUCUGUUAAUGCUAAUGCUAAUGACUGGGCCAUUCCACGGCCCAGUCAUUAGCGUGGCUCGUGAGUCGAUGUUCAGCCAGGUGGUAGUUUUUUUAUUAUACUUCAUCCGGGGCCGUUUAUUUUCAUUCAUCCUUUUUACAUUUUACUCGUUUGUCAGACUUUCUCUCUAUUUGAGUUAUGUUUAAAACAGUUUUUUUUUUCUGUGAUCAUCAGACCAAGUAAAUGAUUCGUUUGUGGAGUUUUUGAUUGAUGCCAUUGAAACAUCUGAACAUGAGGAAGAAUUUAUGGAGGCUUUUACACCUCUUAUCCUGGCAUUUAACCACCACUUUGUAGGUAAGGAAAGGCGGACCAAUAUCAGUUUAUAUGCAACUGCGCACCACCCCUCCCCUUACCUAACAUUAACUCUAACUUGUCAUCAGUUGACUGUUGUUGGGUUACGGGAGGGGUAGGUGUGUAGUUGCUCAGAUACUGACAUUGGUCCGGAAAGUCCAUUUUACUACAGGCACUUGUUAGUGUGCAAAGGACGUGUGGAUGCAGCGUUGAACCUGAGAAUUUAAAAUGAGGAAACAAGAACUUAUUGUAAGAUCACAAAGCUCAUUUACACGGUUUUUAAUCAAGAAAUGUAGCAGUGAGAGAAUGGUGUUAAAUCUUCACGUCGAAAUGGUAAUUGCUCAAGCUUCGUUAGGGACUAGUCAUAUAUAUCGCCUGGUGGGGAGGGGUGAGUGGGAGGAUGUCUGGUGGGUCACAUAGUUUUUAAGAGGAACAGAGGCGGAAUCAUUCGUCGCUGACAGAGUAAAAAGGAGGAGAUAUGAAAAAUUAACUGCCAUUGAGGGUUGAGGGGCAAUCGUUAGAAUACUACAUAGCCUUGGAGGGGGGGGGGGGGGAUUUAUGGUGGGUCACACGGUUUUUUAAGGGAACAGAGGGGGAAUCAUUCGUCGCUGGCAGAGUAUAAAGAGGAGGGAUAUGAAAAAUUGAGUGGUAAUGAGGGGGCAUCGUUAGAAUACUACAUAGCCAAGGGGGGUGGGUAGGGGAGAAAAUAAGGUAUAUUUUAUUAUAAACACAACCAAAUUUCUUCGAUGAGUAAUGACCAGGGCCUAGUUGUUCGGAGCUGAGUAGCGCUAACCCAGGGUUAAAUUUAAUCCAGGUUUCUUUAUCCUUUUGUUUUAAAGUCUUUCUCGGAUAAUUUUCUCUCUUCUUUGAAGAGUAACCAGUCAUUAAAUUGUAGACGAAAAUAAUUAUACUGAAUUUUCUUUUAAAACCUUCAGAUCUUAAACUACAUUUCAUACUAACCCUGAGUUAUCUUAACAGUGCUUUGAACAACGAGGCCCAGAAGACCCCACAGUGAAAACACGCGUGUAAAACAAACAAACAAACAAACAAAAAAUCAAAACGAAACAAAACAAACUUUAAAACUGCUAUGAACAUUCAAAUGAUUUUCUACGGACUGAAAACGAACAAUAGCCGACUAAGAAUGACUCCUACUCUUUCAGUCAAAGUAUUUUCUUUUAGUGCGAGCUAGUUGCUUUUUUCUCACCUGCAGAUGUUCAGAGUAACAUUGUAAUGAGGGUACUAGCAUCCCGCAGCGCUGCCAAGACACUGAGCGAGAAGAUCGUGUUACUUCUCAACAGAGAAGGUUGGUCAGAAGUAGCAACAGAAUGUAUUAUUAGUCUUCCUGAUCUUCGGAUGCAUUUUUCACAGGUUGUCGAGCGUUUUGGAACGUGGGGGGAGGGGGUUGGGGGCAUAUUGUACACCAAGCUCUGUGUUCGAAAAGUUUCGAGUUCCCUUUCCUCUACUUUUGUUUCCUUGAACAGAUUGUCAUAAAUGUUUUAAUUUCUUCCCGCAUAGUUUCCGUAAUAGCAAUUGUUUCCUAUGUUUUCCUUUGAAAUUUUGCGAGAAAAAUAUGUCAUGCAGGCACGGCCGAGUAAAAUUGAUUCCCUUGUGCAUGUCCGACGUUUGGCCGCUAUGUUGCAUAUACCCAACUCAUAUUUUCCAAAAUUUUUUUUGCGUAGUUCGUUGGCACAAGGAAACGUCCUUACAAUCUGAAUUGUGUCCAGUGUCCGCAAUCGAUAUGUAACCAUGCAUACGUGAGGUAGAAGUUCGGAAAAAAAGUCGUUCAAAAUGUUCUUUCUCCUAGUGCGAUCAUGGCUAAAGGAUAAGUGAAAACAUUUUGAGAAUUAUGUUACCCCGAGCCAACUUUUUGCGGCGUUAGUCAUACUUUCUGCAUCGAAUCUACCUACGCUAGAUAGUCUUUUAGUACCUGUUCAUACUUCACUUCGCUCUGACGAAGGGCCAACGCUCGAAACGUCAGCUUUGAAAAUCUUAACGGUAACCAAUUUACGUUAUCAACUCAGCUGAUAAGACCAAAUUACAUUGUUUAUCUCCAGGGGGUUUGUCUACUGAGAAAGCGAUGAAAAGAAGCGCUAAAUCCAUUUUAUGGCUGCUCAAUUUCAGUCACUAAAUGCACACCUGUUACCACAAUACGUUUUUCGUUAAGUGAUACAUGUGACGAUGGAGUUCGACCGACACUUUCCUGAAAACAGCAAUCUUAUCCGUAUUGGUUUGGGCUUAUCCCCGUAAAAUGAAAACAAGCGGUAGGAAUGAUGAUUUUAGAUAUAUGAAAAUUCAUAUAUUUGCACUGCGGUGGAGAGAUGAAAUGAAGAGAUCCUCGCAGCUAAGAACACUACUGAAACGAGUAGUUGUAAAUAGGACCUGUUAGUUCGUUAGGAUGUUUAUUUGGACCCAAUUCAUUGACCAGCUCCCAGUUGGCUUGUUAGCUCAAUUGGUAGAGCGCUGCACCGGUAUCGCAGAGGUCAUGGGAUUCAAAUCCCGUACUGGCCUGAGUUUUUUUCAGGUCCUAUUUACAACUACUCGUUUCAGUAGUGUUCUUAGCUGCGAAGCGGUAGGAAUUUAAAAAUGUCCCAUUUUGUUUCGACAGUGUUACUAUGGAAAUAUUAUUGUUCCCAUUCCCUUGCACGCGUAACUUUCUCUCGUGUUACAAGCAUGCGUACCAGCGCGUUUUCCCGAUGCUGUGUUAAAUAAAGGACGCGAACUAUUUACAGAAGCAUUUCACAGCUUAUCUAAGCUGUGUUCGUAUAAAUGGCCCAAUUUGCGUUAGGUAGUCUUCGGCUUGCCUAAGGUGCGGAUUAUUUUCCUCCUAUAAACGGCCCUAAUCACACUGUGAAAGCUGAGUGUCUUAAACUGCCAAGACCACCACUCGAUGACCCAACCAAGGCUAUACUAUGGACUACUCCAAUCUACUGAGACCAACGCCUUAAUUGCUACUUAUUUCAUCUCCAACGUAAAAACGACAAUGAUUCUUGUUAUUCUUGUUUUACAGAGGAUCCCACUGCCUUGUUUCAGUAUACUCGUAGUUCUCCCGACGCAGUGCUCAAGUUUGUUACGGACAUCUUUUCAUCUAGCGACACUUCAGAGUUUUUUUACGCUUUAGACAUGAAAGUCCUGAUAGAAAUUGUUCUACGACAGAUGGCGGAUCUUUCUCCUGGGGCAGGGGUCGGUUUAUAUCUAUCAGCUUUAUAUCUAUCCUUUUAUAUCUUUAUAUCUAUCCUUCUAAUAAUCCAUCAAAUAAUUUUGCUCGCGCGAGAUUGGUCCAAACGUAUCACGUGGCCGAAUAUUCCUCAGUUAAAACUGGGGAAUAUUCGGUGAUAAACCCCAGUGAUUUACUUCCAAAACGGUUAAAGUCUUUGUUUAGAAUUUAAUUUAAGAUGAGAGAGUGUUCAGCUGUUUUUAUAGAAAAGGGAAAUGUUUGCUCGUUCAAAACUUCUUGUUAGAGAAUACUAAAUAGUAAACAUCCCACACAGCAAAGGGUAAGCUGUUCGUAGACAUUUCUUCCUGCUUGUUGCAAAAUUUUUGAAGGAUACUAAACCCAGAAGCCUCUAUUUGGCACGAAAAUAUGCUCGGAUGUUUGUCCAUGGACAUUAUCUGUUUCUCGUACCUCACAGUUUUUCGCGAGCUUUGCGAACUGGAAAGUGGUCACAUAUUUAUGCCAAUUUUCGCGCGAAACGUUGUCUCGUAUUUUCCCUUACUCGAGACUAGUAAUAAACUUGUCUCCGAGACUGGCUUGAACUUCAAAUUCAUCAGUUAAAACACAAUAAAAGGAAUUACACGCGCGCUUUGCUUUGCUCCGUGAUUGGUCUAGAUAGCUCGUGCCAUCGUUUCAGCCUAUCACAUGAAAAGCCACAACCAAUGGCGAAUUGGUCACCCGCGUUUUCCCGCGCUUCAGCAGUUUGUAUAUUUUUGUUUUGUGCUCUCAUUGGCUUCUUGAGAUAUUUGUCCUCUGGUUGGCCCUUUGAUUUCUUUUGUUUUUGGUUUGCAUAGGCAUAAUCAUAAAAAUUUCACCUUUUUUAUUGUAUUUUUGGCAAUCCCACCAUGUUAAAAGACCUUAAAUAGUAGAGAAUUUGGUUUUUAUGAACUGAGUUAAUAACGUGAGUUGGCCACAGUAGUGAGUUUCUUGAGCUGACUUAUCAAGUGUUAGCCCUUCGUCAGAGCGAAAGAGGAAGGGCUGACGCUAGAGACGUCAGUUUUAUAAACUCUGUACGUUCUCCAAUUUACCCUCUCAACACAGUUAAUAAAGCCAAGUUGUCUUGUCACACCUUUACCGACGCACAGUUUCUUUAAAACCCCGCUCCUUUCAUUCAUUUGUCUUAGAAAGUAGACCUGAGUAUCGCAACUGAGACGAUUUUAUUUUUUUUCCUACAGAUGAGAACGGAAUACAUAUCAUUACUACAUCAAAUCCUGUUGAAUUCUAACUACAGUGAAUACAAACAUCAGGCUAGUGAACUCCUCACUUGUCUGAAGAGAAUCAGCAAGGAAGAUGGAAAAGAAAGCGAACAAGACAGACUCAUCGCACAAGAAAUACUCAAAGACUCGUCAAAAUAUUUUUAAUUUUCAGUUGAGGGUCGGGAGUAAUACGGUAUCGCUCGGAUUUUGUUUAAUCUUCGCUCUAUGAUUGGUCCACACAACUCACGUCACCCUCUCGACCAAUCAGAUGCAAGAGUGAGAUCAAUUUCGUUUUUACUUCCCACAUUUUCCCGCGCAAGCCUUAACUUUGAGUUCUGAGUGGUUCCUUGAAAUAUCUGUCUUUGCUCUUAUUGAUCUUUAAGAGCAUUUUGGUUGUGGCUUUACGAUUACUUACCAAGGUGUCCUUGAAAUGAAAUUAAACCCUUAAGCUUAUUCCAAAUAAUUUGUGUAUAUUUCCUAAAGCACUGACAAGGGGAAUUUGUUUAAAAAUCAAGAGCUUUAUAAGUUUUAUAAGCCCGCGAACAGAGCACUCUGUAGAGAGACUUGCUCCUUCUACAAACAGAUGUUUUAAACUUAUUGAAAAUAUUUUGAAGAGAGGCUACCGCUUUUAAAAAGAAAUACAGCUUUAGAAAUAACAACACAUCCGUUUGACUUUGGUUUACGCUUUUUCCAAGGACCGGUUAUUGUUUAUCACCGGGGAGGGGAGGGGGAGUGGUCGGAGUAUUUUGGUUGUGUCAAUGAAAUUAGACCGAUCUCCCGUACGGCUCUGUAGUAUUAUGAUCCCCAACCCACCCACCAGUCAGCAGCACCAGGCGGCAGCACCAGUCAGCAGGUGUGACCUGGUCCAAGAGUUCUUCCUCACUCACAGCUUGUACUAGGGGUAUUGUCAUGAAC